GCCACCGCCUCCUCCUGCGGUGGGCGGGGUUCUCCCGGGAGGUGGACGUGAAGUUUAGGUAAUGGUCGUUUGUCCCCGUCGACGCCGGAACCACGACUACUCCUGAACUAGAGGGAAGGCGACUGAUGUGAGCAUCUUACUACAGGAGCCGUACAGAUACAGAAGACAAUGUCUGGAAGCUUCUACUUUGUAAUUGUUGGCCACCAUGAUAAUCCAGUUUUUGAAAUGGAAUUUUUGCCAGCUGGGAAAGCAGAACCCAAAGAUGAGCAUCGCCAUCUGAACCAGUUCAUAGCGCACGCCGCUCUGGACCUGGUGGACGAAAACAUGUGGCUCUCCAACAACAUGUACUUGAAAACCGUGGACAAAUUCAAUGAGUGGUUCGUGUCGGCGUUUGUCACUGCUGGGCACAUGCGAUUCAUCAUGCUUCACGACAUGCGGCAGGAAGACGGCAUCAAGAACUUCUUCACUGAUGUCUAUGACUUGUACAUCAGGUUUGCCAUGAACCCCUUUUAUGAGCCCAAUUCUCCUAUUCGCUCAAGUGCAUUUGAAAGGAAAGUUCAGUUUCUUGGAAAGAAACAUCUUUUAAACUAAAUGCAGAAAACUUAAGAAUCACAGUGGGGUAUGCUCAGGUUUGUAUGCAUUGUAAGUAGCUGGAUAAAAUGCCUGGCAAACUUCACAUGUCUCAGCUUAUUCGUAUAUAAUGAAAUUUCUUGUAUAUUUAAAAAUCUCAUUUUUUUCAUGUUAGUUAUCGGCAUUAGCAUUUGCUUGUAAGCAGUUAUCGGUAGUUUAAAAUAUUUUAUUUCAAAAAUUAAGAAUAAGUCUAUAUCUUUACUAAUUAAGAUAAUUAAAAAAGAAUUUAAAUUUA